AUGGCGAGCGAGCUGGACCAGAAGAUCCAGGAUGUCUACCGGCGCAUCGAGACCGAGCGCAAGAUCCUCGAAGCCUCGAAGCUCAUUCGACAGGCCACCAGCAACCCCGAUGUCCUCCGCAAGAACGACGCCCAGAUCCGUGAGACCGAACGCUCCCUCUCCUAUUUCGAAGACACCCUCCGCGAGCUUCACUCCCGCAAGAUGAUGCAGCAGCGCGACGAUCGAUCCAGCAGCAGCACUGGCUCUUCGCAAGGCAGCCUUCCCCAGUCCCCCACAUGGCCCGAACACCCGACGAUGCAUCCAUCCGGUGGGCCAUCUAUGGACGACAACUACGGCAUGCCCAAGCCCAAGACAUAUAGCAAUCUCGACCUGAUCAAGGCAGACACGCCCCACACUGCCGCCAAGAUCUCCCGCAUGCUACACCAGCUCGAGUACAAACUUCAGGUCGAAGUGCAGUACAAGAAGGGUAUAGACAAGAUGGCCAGGUUGUAUCUUGCGGAUGGCGACAAGAAGUCUCGGCAGGACGCGGAGAGCAAACGCAUCGAGUCUGAGCGCAAGAUCCAGCUUCUUCAGACGGCGCUCAGGCGGUACAAAACGCUUCACGUCCUAGACGAUGUCGUCGAGGAGGACGAAACUCCUGGACCUGGACCCGGCCCGGCUGGUCCUGGUGUCGACGGUGAACGCAAAGACAACCUUCGUUCGAAGCCGCUCUCUGGCAAACUCCAAAUCACGCUCAAAGGUGCUCGUGAACUCGACCAUGCUCCCAUUCAAACAACCUUCCGCUCUAGGUCCGCCUCCAAGCAGGUUGAGACGUACGUUUCUUUUCGCGUAGAAGGCACUCAGCUCGAGCGGUCUCACCCCACCAAGACCGACCGCUGGAUGGAGAACUUCGAGAUCACCGUCGAUAAGGCGAACGAAGUCGAGAUCGCCGUCUACGACAAGCACGCGAAUGACCAGCCCCAGCUCAUUGGUCUGUUGUGGGUCAAGAUCAAUGACUUGGUUGAAGCGCAGCGCAGGCAGAAGGUUUUGAUGGAAAGUGGGCAAGGUGGAUGGGUGACUGCUGCCGGAGCGAUGAACGGCGGUGACCCGUUGGCCGCUGCAUCUCAAGGUGGGCCGAUGGGUGACAUGAAUGCUCCUAUCCCAUUCGGCGACAACCGAGUCGUUCCGCUUGGCGGCCCCAUGCCGGGCGGUGCACAGUCAGAAGGUAUCGACGCGUGGUUUAGCGUUGAACCAGCUGGAGCCCUUGCAUUGCACCUCAACUUCAUCAAGGAGAAUGUUCGCAAACGGCCUCUCGACGCCCCGAACGGUCUUGGUCGUCAAGGCGCCGUCCGCAAACGCAAGGACGAAGUGCACGAGAUGAACGGCCACAAGUUCGUUCAGCGCCAGUUCUACCAGAUCAUCCUUUGCGCAUUCUGCAACGAGUUUUUGCUCAACGCUACCGGCUAUCAAUGCGAGGACUGCCGAUACACCUGUCACAAGAAGUGCUAUCAAAACGUCGUUACGAAGUGUAUCUCGAAGUCGAAUACUGGGGAAGACGACGCCGACAAGAUCAACCAUCGGAUCCCUCACCGCUUCGAGCCCAUCAACAACAUUGGGGCGAAUUGGUGCUGUCACUGCGGCUACAUGCUCCCACUGGGUCGCAAGAACGCGAGAAGGUGCACGGAAUGCGACCUCACCUGUCACGCGAAUUGCGCCCAUCUCGUCCCAGACUUCUGCGGUAUGUCGAUGGAGACCGCCAAUAUGCUUCUCAAGGAAGCCCGCAUGGUAUCUGCCCGCAAGGAGGAGCGCAAGGAGGUCGAGAGGCGUCGCCAAACAACUGCGCCCCUGCUCGCCAAAGUCCAACUUCCUAUCGACCAGAUGGACCAGAUGAAGCUUGCCGAGUCCCCUCAGCAGACGAUGCCCGACUACGGGUACAGGAAGCCUACCCCUUCUCUCGAACCCGCGCAAGAUCCCCGGAUGCAGCAAGGCAUGCCACCACCUGGAGCUUACCCCCAACAGCCCCAACCAGGCCGCCCACCAGGCGGACGUGGCAUGGCCCCGCCGUUCCCCACCGAGCCUCACGCGCCGUUCCCUCCCGGCCGUGUUGGGCCAUCACCCGGGUACGAUGUACCGCCCGUAGACAACGGGUACCAGAUACCCCCACCACCUCCGCAAAAGCAGGCCACCAUCCCCGCGAUGCCUGGGCAGCAGCAAGUCGCGCGCCCGCCUGCGGCACGGAAGCGCAAGGUCGGGCUCGACGACUUCAACUUCCUCGCGGUGCUCGGAAAGGGUAACUUCGGUAAAGUCAUGUUGGCGGAGGAGAAGAAGACGAACAAUCUUUAUGCCAUCAAGGUGUUGAAGAAGGAGUUCAUCAUCGAUAACGACGAAGUCGAGAGCACUCGUUCGGAAAAGCGCACUGAGACGCGCGUGUACUUCGUCAUGGAGUACGUAUCCGGUGGUGAUCUCAUGUUGCACAUCCAGCGCAAGCAGUUCUCGUUGCGGCAAGCCAAGUUCUACGCGUCAGAAGUGCUGCUUGCCCUUGAGUACUUCCAUGCAAACGGAAUUAUCUACCGUGACUUGAAGCUGGACAAUAUCCUGCUGUCUGUGGAGGGACACGUCAAGGUUGCUGAUUACGGUCUAUGUAAAGAAGACAUGUGGUUCGGCUCAACGACGAGCACCUUCUGUGGUACUCCGGAAUUCAUGGCUCCAGAGAUUCUACUGGAGCAGCGUUACGGCCGUGCUGUCGACUGGUGGGCCUUUGGUGUCCUCAUGUACGAGAUGUUGCUUGGGCAGUCUCCCUUCCGCGGCGACGACGAGGACGAAAUCUUCGAUGCUAUCCUGGAGGAUGAGCCGUUGUACCCUAUUACGAUGCCUCGCGACGCUGUCUCCGUUCUUCAAAAGCUGCUUACACGCGACCCUGCCCGCCGUCUGGGCUCAGGAAAGGGCGACGCAGAAGAGAUCAAGAGGCAUCCGUUUUUCAAGGACGUCAACUUCGACGACAUUAUGAACAAGCGCAUCCCCCCUCCUUACUUCCCCACGAUCGUGCGUGAAACAAUUACGAAGGAGCAACCAACACUCACCCCAGUACACACUCAGCUUUCCGCUCGCGACCAGACCGAGUUCAACGGCUUCUCUUGGGUGGCGAGCUGGGCCGACAUCUGA